AUGGAUUACUCGAACCGGCCGAUCCCUCACGUGGAUGAGGAAGUAUUAAAAUCUCCAGAACAACGGCGCUGGAACAAUUAUUUGCUCGAGAACAGUCCCGAGUAUCGGGAACUGUCUGAGCUUAGACGUCAGGGGUGGAAGAACCGCGAAGGCGAUGACUACUUCGUCGGACGGCGGCGGCAGGCCGACAAUCCGACCGCCGAGGGGAAGACCCUCUUCUUCGAGAUGAUGCGGCAGAUCGGGUCGGAGAUGGACGGCAUGAGCCGCAUCUUCACCUUCGCGUCGCCGCCGCGCGUGCUGGACCUGUGCUUCGCGCCGGGCGGCUUCGUCUCCGCGAUCCUGGAGCGGAACCCGGGCGCCGUCGUCCGCGGCACCACCCUGCCGCCGGCCCAGGGCGGCCACGACAUCCUGCUGCCGGGGUGGGAGACGGACCCGCGCGUGCGCGUGACGCUGUGCGAUCUGACGAUGCUGGCCGGCGAGAUGGGCAUCGAGCCGGCGAUGGUGCCGGAGGAGCACCCGGACCGGGCCAACUUCGACUUCUCGAAGGGGCUCCUGGUGGAGGGCGGGAGCCCGGACGGCGGCGCCGGCGGCGGCCCGCGGAGCUGGGCGGGGCGGGCGCGCGGGUGGCGGGAGGACGCGUUCGACCUGGUGAUUUGCGACGGCAACGUGCUGCGGACGCAGCAGCGGGCGGCGUACCGGGAGGGGCGGGAGGCGGAGCGGCUGACGCUGACGCAGCUGGUGCUGGGGGUGCGGCGGCUGCGGCGGGACGGGGCGGGGCGGCUGGUGAUCCUGCUGCACAAGGCGGACGCACCGGCGACGGCGGCGCUGCUGCGCACGCUGAGCGGGUUCGCGCGCGUGCGCCUGUUCAAGCCGCGGCGCAAGCACGGCAUCCGCUCGUCCUUCUACGCGCUGGCCACGGGCGUGCGCGCCGGCAGCGACGAGGCCGCCCGCGCCGUCGCCGCCUGGCACCGCCGCUGGGUCCUCGCCACCCUCGGCUCCGACGCCGAGUGGGAGGCCAGCCGCGCCGCCGACCCCGACGUCGACGCCCUCAUCGCCGACUUCGGCCCCGAGCUCCUGCGCCUCGCGAAGCCCGUCUGGCGCAUUCAGGCCGAGGCGCUGAAGAAGGCCUCCUUCAUUCCUGGAAAGACGUGGUAG